AUGCAAUCCAAGGGUGUUGAGUUCGGAUCUCCUGUUGUGUCCGAUGUUGCAAACAGCUCAAGUACUGUCAAUUGUUAUUCUACCAUUGAAUAUGACAAAUUGGGUGCAAUGAUGAUAGGAGACCAAGUGAACUUUAAUGUGUUAUUUACGGCUACUCGAGAUUCGUGUUUUCCUAAUCAAGUACCGUAUUAUGACCUGGGAGAUCCGAUUUUUAAUUGUAAACAUUGUUCGGCAAUCUUUUGGCGGGAUGAGAAAGUGAAGAAUGUGAAGCAUACUACUUCUCGAAGAUAUUCAGGCUUCACAUCUAUGGGAGGUCGUAUUGACAAAGAUAUUAAUACAGGAAAAUCACCUCCCGUUUUCAGAUUAAAUGGUCAAAAUUUCCAUUUGUUGGGAAGUUUGUUACCUGUUGAUGGUAAUAAAUCUAAAUUUGCACAACUUUACAUCCAUAAUCCUGAGAAUGAGAUUUUCAAUAGACUUGAUUGUGUUAGGGUUGGUAAUGAGAUCAACGAAUUACAUGCAGAUAUUGUCUCUGAUAUCCAAUUAGCAUUAGAUGAGAAUAAUGUUUUGGUAAAGUCAUUUCGGAUGGCUAGAGAAGUGAUACUUGCAAAUCCAAGAGUUGAUGUUAGAAUGAAGUUAAUUGGGAAACGCACCCAAGAUGCGAGAACAUAUAAUCUUCCAACAGUGUCUGAGGUUGCUGCUGUUAUUGUUGGUGAUUUGGAUCCAACGUUGGGUGAACGUGAUAUUUUGAUAGAAACACGGUCGGGUGUUCUUAAGAGAAUUAAUGAACUUAAUCCAGCGUAUCUUCCACUUCAAUAUCCAAUUUUGUUUCCAUAUGGUGAAGAUGGUUAUAGAGAGGACAUUCCUUUCCAUGUAGAAAGAAAUGUUGAGAAAGGUGUUAGGCACAGUGUUUCUCUUCGUGAAUACCUAUCCUUUCGUGUUCAUGAAAGACUUGAUGAGAUCUCAACAUUUUUGUAUGCUAGAAGGUUAUUUCAACAAUUUUUGGUCGAUGGGUAUACGAUGGUUGAAUCUGCUCGAUUGUUGUAUAUUCGCACACACCAACAGAGUCUACGAUGUGGUUCAUAUAAAGGAUUGUUUGAUGCUUUGACACGUGGAGAAGUUGACCCCCGGACUCAAGGUCGACGAAUUGUAUUGCCAUCAACUUUUACUGGUGGAGCACGAUAUAUGGUUCAAAACUACCAAGAUGCAAUGGCAAUUUGUGGUUGGAUUGGUUAUCCAAAUAUUUUUAUCACUUUUACAUGCAAUCCAAAAUGGCCAGAAAUUCAACGUUUUUUGCAAUGUAGAGGCUUAAAAUCUGAAGAUCGGCCUGAUAUUUUGUGCCGUGUGUUUAAAAUGAAAUUGGAGGCUUUGAUUAAAGAGAUACGAUCUGGCACUGUCUUUGGGAAAAUUGUCGCUGUAAUUUAUACCGUGGAAUUUCAAAAACGGGGAUUGCCGCAUGCACAUAUUCUUCUGUUCGUUGAUCGUGGUGUUGCUCUUACAUUUGGUUCCAAUGUUGAUUCCAUUAUAUCUGCCGAGAUUCCUAAUAAAGAGAGCGAUCCUGAGUAUUAUACAGUUGUUGGAGAGUUUAUGAUGCAUGGUCCAUGUGGUGUGGCUAGGAAAAACUCUCCAUGUAUGGUUAAGGGGCGCUGCUCAAAACACUUUCCUAAAAAAUUUAUGGAUUGUUCAAUUCUUGAUUCUGAUGGGUAUCCCAUUUAUAAGCGUAGAAAUAAUGGUAAUACAAUUGUUAAGAGUGGUGUUGAAUUGGAUAAUAGGUUUGUUGUGCCUCACAAUAGAUAUUUAUUGAUGAAGUAUAGAGCACACAUCAAUGUAGAAUGGUGUAACCAAUCUCGGUCUAUCAAAUAUUUGUUUAAAUAUGUGAACAAAGGUCAUGAUCGAGUUACUGCGCAAUUUUAUAGGAGUACCGAAUGCCGAGGAAGUAGUGAAGUUAUAGAUGAAAUCAGUAUGUAUUAUGAUUGUCGGUAUAUUUCUCCAUGCGAAGCUGCAUGGCGUUUGUUUAGCUAUGAUGUGCAGUUUCGUAAUCCAGCAGUUGAACGUCUUAGCUUCCACUUGCCUAAUGAACAGAGCAUUGUUUUCAAUGAUGAGGUUUCGGUUGAAACAGUUGUUGAAAGGCAAACGGUUAGAAAUAGCAUGUUCUUAUCAUGGUUUGAAGCAAAUAAGAGGUAUCCUUUUGCUCGAGCGUUGAGUUAUAGGGAAAUGCCUAAUGCUUUUGUUUGGAAAAAGGAUAUCCGCGAGUGGCAUCUAAGAAAACGGGGAUUUUCUAUUGGUCGUAUGUUUUAUGUCCCACCAGGUAGUGGGGAGAUUUUUUAUCUUAGAUGUUUGUUAAAUUUAGUUCGUGGUCCAACAUCUUUUCAAGACAUACGAACUGUUGAUGGUAUUGAAUAUUCGUCAUUUCGAGAUGCAUGCUACGCUCGUGGAUUGAUUUCUGAUGAAAAAGAAUAUAUUGAUGCGAUAGUUGAAGCAAGUCAAUGGUCGACUGCUGCUGCUCUUAGGAGAUUAUUUGUAACUUUACUAACGGCAAAUUCACUUUGUCAACCUGAAAAAGUAUGGGAUGUUGUUUGGCCGCAUCUAUGUGAGGAUGCCGAGUAUAAUCAACGUAAAUCAUUUGCUAAUCCAGACUUAAUGUUGCCGGAAAAAGAGAAGAAAAUGUAUGGUUUGAUAGAGUUAGAGAAACUUUUGUCAACAUGGAGCAAGAGUUUGAGUGAUUACCCAUGUAUGCCUGUGCCAGACAUGACUUCUUUGUACGGCUCUCAGAACCGAUUAUUGGCUGAAGAAUUGUCCUAUGAUUAUGCAUUGUUAGCCAAGGAACAUGAACUUUUAGUCCAGCGGUUGACAGUCGAACAACGCUUUGUUUAUGACACUGUUCUAUCGUCGACUGCUGCUUUGCGCUCUGAACGAAAGAUCGUUCUGAAUGUUGCAUCAAGCGGCAUUGCUUCGUUGUUGAUGCCCGGAGGUCGUACUGCACAUUCACGCUUUGCUAUACCAAUUGUUGUGAAUGAGGACUCUACUUGCAAUAUUUCACAGGGAUCCGAUCUUGCUGAGCUACUCAUUCAAUGUAACUUGAUUAUUUGGGAUGAAGCACCUAUGAUGCAUAAACAUUGCUUCGAAGCUUUAGACAGGACAAUGCGAGAUUUGUUACGAUUUGUUAAUCCAUUGAGUUCAUCGUUGCCGUUCGGCGGGAAAACAGUUGUUUUAGGAGGUGACUUUAGACAAAUAUUACCGGUGCUACCAAAGGGUUCUAGGCAAGAAAUUGUUGGUGCAACCAUUAAUUCUUCUUAUUUGUGGGCUAAUUGUAGGGUAUUGAGAUUGACAAAGAAUUUGAGGUUGCAAAAUGUGGGUUCUGUUCAGGAUAUGGAAGAGCUUAGUUCAUUUGCUAAUUGGAUAGCUGCAAUUGGCGAUGGCGACAUUGGUGGCACAAAUGAUGGUCAUGUGGAUGUCCAAAUUCCCGAAAAACAUGUGCUUAAACCAGAUUGUGAUCCUAUUAAAGCUAUUGUUAAAAGUACAUUCCCUAUGUUUCAAGAAAAUCAAAACAACGGGGAUUAUCUAAUUGGUCGAGCAAUUUUAGCGCCAACACUCGAGGUUGUUGAUGAAGUUAAUGACUACAUGAGUACUUUGAAUGAUGCUACAUCUAGAACCUAUCUUAGCUCCGAUUCGGUAUGCCCCACUGAAAACACGUCCGACACGGUAGCUGCAUUGCAUACUCCAGAAUUGUUAAAUGGCCUGAAAUGCUCGGGUUUGCCAAACCAUUCGCUCACUCUUAAAGUUGGAUCUCCAGUCAUGCUACUGCGGAACAUAGACCAUUCAGCUGGCCUUUGCAAUGGGACAAGAUUAAUUAUUUCUAAAUUAGCAGAUCAUGUUGUUCAAGCCAAGAUUCUUUUUGGUAGUAAUGCAGCUCCAGCCAUCGGGGCUCCGUCGCGGACAGUGGCUGUCAUUGGUGGAGAAAAUUCACAGCCGACUUUGCAAGUGGAGGCUUCGACCUCGUCUAUCUCGAUUGGGUCUGGUGAUGUUCACCCAACUGGCGUACUUGUUGCUCCAAGUUUGAGAACAUCUGUGGCACCAGCGGUGGCGCUAGUGACUGAUACUAAUGCUGGCAUGGUUGUUCAAUGGAGAAACCAGAAACGCCAUAGGCCUAAGGCAGGUUAG